AAGCAUGCCGGGAUUGCUGUCCCCGAGUACAGCGGCUGUUGGCGCGUUAUUUUGAAGUAUGGAGUUGAUACGAGCGCUGCGGUUAUUAAAAUUAAACAGUGUGUCUACAGCCUGGGUGGAUGCAGUGUGGGAUUUGGAGUUCACCCACACAGACCCUCUUGACCCUGUUAUUGAGGAGGAGAUAAAAGAAGACCCUGAUGUUUUCAAAACAAUUUACAUGCAGCUUUUGCCCUUCUCCAAUGAGGAUGAUGACAAUACACAGAGUGUCUGGGUGGUGUUUGGUGAGAAUGGUGUCUCUGCAAAAACUUUGGUGGCUGUCCUUUCCUACUUCAUCCUUCGUGCUAAAACCAAAAGUCCCAGUCUUGAACAGAGACUAUGCGGUCUACAGGCCGCCUCUCUGUACUUUUUGCUGCUAAAAAUACCUGGGAGUGUUGCGAAUAAAGUGUACCAUCAGAUUCUUUUUGAUACUUGUCUGAACAUGCCCCUGAAAUGCUGGCCUCAAGACUCUGGCAAGAAACGCAAGAAAGAUUCUUUGAAAAGCUCUCAAGGUGAUCCCAAAACUGGCAAACGAUCCAAACCCCCAAAGAAAGUGUCUGAGGAGAUGGAGAUUGAUGAUGAUGAAGAUGACGAAGAAGAGGUGGUGUACUUUUCUGCACAGGAUUUGCUGAAACUAAGAGAGGGCAUUGUCUUGCUGGUUCGCACACUUCUGAGACUGCUGGAGAGAUUUUCUCUUCGAGACAAACCUCAGAGUGCUGACAGCUGUGUUCAGCUCUUUACUGAACUUACCAACUUUGAGCCAGUCAUUGGAGAUAUGUCAUUCUCUCAGGAAAGGAGUGUCGACCAAUUACAGAGUCUGCCUGAGUUGUCCUACCAUGGACUGGGGUUACUUUGCUCAACCAUUCAUGGUGAAGGAGAUGAGUGCCGUCGCCGAGUGUUCCGCAAACUACUCUAUGUUAUUCUAAUGAUGAAAACACAAGAGAGGUCCAAGCCAUGUCUCCUUGCUCCAUCUCAGACUGUCUGUGGUGCCAGAGACCAGGCCAUACUUUUCAUUAGGUUAGUGACUGCUUAUUCCAUUCUUCCUGGGGUUCCAAUGGUGGAGAAGUCUGAAUACCGAGCCAGUGGAGCACAAGCUGUUGGGAAACUGAUGGCUAACAUGCCUUGUCAGGACUAUGCAGCCAUUGUUAAGUGGCUCUAUAGCUACUCCCGAAACAACAAGGUGGCAUUCAGAAUGUUUGCGCUUGAUGUUGCAAUGGUCCUGUUGGAGCAGAGUGAGAGGGAUGUGGACGAUACAGUGGACCCUGAGCUGGCUGUGUUCCUGCCUCACAGGUUUCUGGUGCACAACAUCAUCUACAAUCAUCGUAAUGACGUUUCCCCAACAGUCAGAGGUCACGCGUUGCACUGCCUGGCACAGUGUCUGGAGCUUGGUUCCCAGAAUGCUACAAAAUGUGUUCAUGAGCUCUUUUCCAACAGUGCUCAAACUAUGUUGGAGUCAGGCCGCUCUGAGCAAACUCUAAAACGAAGAGAGACUGUUCAGAAAUCCGCUCUGACCUUCAGAACCAUUGAGCUUACAAAACACAAGAGCAUUACCACGACCCACAGGAGCGUCAUGAAUACUUCCUUACAGAAUGAGGAAACUUUGACUCUGUUUAAAAAACAUGUCAGUGAUCCAAAAACCAAUGCUAGAAAAAGUGCACUGGAGACCGUCAUGAGUCUACUGAAGCAUGGGGUGAUCUCAUGCAGUGCAGAGAAUCUGAGUAUUCUGUCAGAUCGCUGCAGGGAUCCUGCUGUCUCAGUGAAGAAGAAAGCCAUGCAGUGCCUUAUGGAUCUCCUUGCUGCUCUGCCUGAGAAUAGAGAAGUCCAGGAGGCCUGGCUGAGAGGAGUGUUACCGGCUGUCAUGGACUCUGAGAGCUCUGUGCAAGAGAAAGCUCUUGAGUGUCUGGACCAUGUCGUCAUUGCUCACAUUAAGAGUCAAGGCAAAUAUCGGGAUAGUGAUGCCUCUCAGAAGUUGGCCUGGGAAUUACUGGGACUGCUGUGUGAAAAGUGUCAAGACCUCAGCCGGUAUUUCAGCAAGGCUUUCAGUGUGUGGGCUCCGCAGCAGAAGUUCACUCCUACGUUUGUGAAUGGUUUGCUGUCUCAUACCGAGGGAGAGAGGGCUGCUGCUGCCUGGCUGCUGUUAGCUAAAAUUGCCAGUUGCUCUCCUAAACUGAACUAUGGCACCAUACUGGAUACCUGGGAGAAUACUAUCAGGUCACCAGUUGUAUCAGUUACAAUGACCUGUCAUAUCUUGAGCGUUCUGGGUGACAUUGCCUCUAAUCUUAAUGAUGACACCAAAUCCAGAAUAGUAGAUGAUCUGAUGAGCUGGUUGAAGACUUUCAGCCUGCCUUUAGAGGUGAUCAGCUCCUGUGUGGAUACUCUGGUCAGAUUUGCAAGAUCAGACAACACUCAGGACAAAUUCCUGAAUCGUUUCUGUGGAGAGCUGGUCUCUGUGUGUGAGAGUUAUCUGUCUGGUGUCAUUCUACAAGAGAAGGGAGCUGAAAACAUCAAUGAAGACCUGCUGGUGAAACAUCUUUAUACACUUGGUGCUGCUUCUCUCCAUUGCCCUUCUAAAGUGGGAAAGAGAAUUUUCCUUCUGGUUCAGUCUGUUCUAACUCCCUCAGAGCAACAGCCAGUUCCUGCUGAAGGGGAAGAUCUGCCUGCUAGUCAGCCUCUGUCUCAGUUCAAACCCAAUUCCAUGCCAACAGUGGUGCGAGCACAUGCUGUUAUCACAUUAGGUAAGCUGUGUCUGCAGCACGAGGAACUGAUGCUGAAGUAUCUGCCUGUGUUUGCACGGGAGCUGGAAGUGGGCACAGAGUUGGCCGUUCGCAGUAACGUGGUGGUGGUGAUGUGUGAUCUUUGCGUGCGCUACACCAACACAGUGACCCGAUAUAUCCCAAAUAUCUCAGCCUGUCUGAGAGACAAGGACCCCAUCGUCCGAGAGCAGACCCUCAUUAUGCUCACAAACUUACUGCAGGAAGAAUAUGUGAAAUGGAAAGGUGCACUGUUUUUCCGCUUUGCUAUUGCUCUUGUGGACCCAGACCCUACCAUUGCAGAUCUCUGUGAGUACUGCCUGGUUGACCUCCUGCUUAAGAAGAGUCCCCUCAUGUUUUCCCAGCAUUUCAUCGAAUGCAUUUUCCACUUCAACUCUUAUGAAAAACACAAGAAAUAUAAUAAAUUCCCUCAGACAGAGAGUGAGAAAAGCAAGUUUUCUUUGAAAGGACCACAGAAUCAAGGCAAACGUUUCAGGAUCUACAGGUUCCUACUGAAAAAUUUUACUGAUGAACAACGAUUCAAUAUCACUACUAAAAUCUGCCAGGACAUCCUUGCCAGUUUUGUGGACUCUGAGCUGCCUCUGGACUCUGACGGCUCAGAGUUGCUUGCAGAUACAUUUGACAUCCUGUCACUGAAAGAGAUGAAACUGACAGCCAUGAGCGGCCCAGCAGCAGGAGAGGAGCCUCAGGAGGAUGAGAUGGCCAUGGCUAAAGCUGUCUUGCAGGUGGCCCAGAAAAAGCUGGUCUCACAGGUCCAAAAGAGGAACUUUGUGGAGAAUGUUAUUCCUAUCAUCAUCAGUCUGAAGAACAUGCUGGAAGAGCAACACUCACCUGUCCUGAAACACCUUAUGGCCUACCUACAGGUGACCAUGCAGGAGUAUCGUUCAGAAGUGAAGGAGUUGUUUGCUGCUGAUGAGCAGUUGGCUGCAGAGGUGGAAUAUAACCUCAAGCAGUUUGAAAAGGAAAAACAACAAGAACAACAGCAGAUGGAGAACCAACUGGCCAACUUCACACUGUCACCCCGGCGAAACAGUAAUGCUGUGGCUUCUCCUGCCCAGGCAGCAAACGUUGGGGGGCAGGCAGGUUUUGCCACCCCUCUAAAUCCUCAUGCUGCUAAAGGUCCUGGACAAACCCCUAAAUCUGCUCUCAGGCGUCGCACUUAUGCUGGCAUGGUAACUCCAGUCAGGACCCAUUCUUCCCCUACAGUGUUUUCAACAGGACGAGGAAAACAGGUUGGGAGAGCCAUCAGUACUCCACAAGUGAGCAUGAAUGAAGUGACAUUUGGAGAGCAAGUCAGUGCCAUCUGCAAUGAAUCUGGAAGAGGAAGCAAAGUUAUGGAUGAAGAAGAGAGUGUUCUGCAUCUCAUGUCACCAGAACAACAAAAACUGGUUCCCAGGCAGUGGAAUGUGGAAUCUCCUCUUGUACAAAAACUGAGAACUAAAAAAAGGUUCUAGUUAAUGUUUAUGUGUGGAUGUAUUAUGAGUGUUAAUUAUACCUUUCACUUCAUCAUAUCUUUAGAACAAGCCCUCUUUACUUCAUAGAUGACUCUUGCUACCGUUUCAUAUUGUCUUGUUUGUCAAAAGCAAUGUUAUUAAAAUCUUUUGAUACUUUA